UCAAACUGCGUGACUGCGCCAGCAUUUCAUUCUGGUUUGGCACUGCACGAUGCACUUGCAACACUCACAGUCGACGGUUCGGGCUCGUGCGGGGGCCCCAGGCCGAUCGGCGCGCUUGGCCGCACCAGGCUCCAGUGGAGCUCAUGCAUGCUCAUGCGCGGCCCGGGCGCAAGCCAGUAAGGCGAACUUGGCUUCCGUUAAGGGGGAGCUGCUGCAGCUAGUCGGCAACACCUCGCGGGGAGUGAGCACCAGCCCGUCUGACCUGAAGGCCAUCCAGGAAGCUGUGGCGGAGCUGAAGGCCGCGGGGGCCGGCGCCACCACCACGGGGCCGCAACAGUCGGGGACAUGGGAGUUGGUGUGGACGUCAGAGAAGGAAACGUUAUUUAUCUUGGAGCGGGCGCCGCUCUUUGGGACCAAGGCCGGUGACGUCUACCAGGUCAUUGACAUCGGCAGCGGCGGAUCGGGCGGCUACCUACAAAACGUCAUCACCUUCCCACCCGAGGGCUCCUUCAUCGUGGACAGCUCGCUAGCGGUGGAGGGGCCACAGCGAGUAGCGUUUAGCUUCAAUGCCGCCACGCUCAAGCUGCCGGGCGGUAAAAAGCUGGGCCUGCCGCCGUUUGGCAAGGGCUGGUUUGACAACCUGUACCUGGAUGAGGAGCUGCGUGUGUCGUACGACAGCCGUGGUGACACGCUCAUUACCCGCCGCGCGGGGCCGCCCCGGCGCUUCACGUGAGUGGGCGUGCGGGCGGCAUCUUGGUGCUGCGGUGGUGCGGUGGUGCGGUGGUGCGGCUCGUCGGAUGCGUAAAUGGUGGUUUUUGGUCGGGGGCGGGAGUCCCCUGGCUUAAGUUCGUCCAGGCAGCAUUCGAUGGCCUUUGCGUGCUUGCACGCUCGAGUUGUCCUCUCUUGUAAUACUGCAAUCAUAAAUGGUGCACGCACAUGGGGGCACGGCUUGUGACGCAGUGAGGGUGCGGUUGAUUUGGUCAUCUGAUGAUUGACAUCCGGUAUGGGUUUGAUGCGGAGACGGCGGGGACAUUGAGGGCUUGUGGGAGGACCGCCACGGGCGGCCAUUAAAGCUGCCGAACAGGACGUUUGGUGUUCAGUAGUGGUGAUGCGUGUGUCAUUGGAAAGUGACGCGUGAGCUCAUGCAGCUGCUGUGAACAGGGACCCCGGGUUGCUCAGUUGGAAAGACAACAAAUAAUUGAAAUACCGCAGGCCGGAAGGAAGGCAGGAAGGCAUGAGGUGUGUCGCGCCAUUCUGCCGGCACUGCAUUCCACCGGCACGAGCGUGUGUAGCCUAGGGUUUUGUGUCGCGUGUGUGACUGCGUGUGGACUUGAGCAGCUAAGACUGCUGUGUAUCGCCUGCUUGGUGUAGGAUUAACCUUGCUUGCUAUCAGCCUGAGAGAAAGGUGCGAGUGAGAAGUUGCCGUACAGUUGGUCGGCGCACGUAGCGGGCAGUGACGCCUGUGAGCGGCACUGUCCGCUGUUACUCCAUAUUGGCUUUACGACGACUAAUGUGUAGUUCUUGUGACUCGCU